AUGGGAAUACAAGGUCUUUUGCCUCUGUUGAAAUCCAUAAUGGUCUCAAUCCACAUCAAAGAACUAGAGGGUUGUUGCGUCGCCGUCGAUACCUAUUCUUGGCUCCACAAAGGAGCCUUUGCUUGCAGCAGAGAGCUCUGCAAAGGCCAACCUACCACCAAGCAUAUUGACUAUUGCAUGCAUAGAGUAAACUUAUUGCGGCAUUAUGGAGUUAGACCUAUUCUUGUCUUUGAUGGAGGGCAUCUACCGAUGAAGAGUGAACAAGAGAACAAGCGUGCACGGGCAAGGAAGGAAAACCUUGAUCGUGCUAUGGAACUUGAAUCAAAUGGAAAUUCAGCAGCUGCGUUUGAGUGCUAUCAAAAGGCUGUUGAUAUCUCACCUUCAGUUGCACAUGAACUAAUCCAGGUCUUAAAACAGGAGAAUGUUGGUUAUGUUGUGGCUCCUUAUGAGGCAGAUGCCCAAAUGACAUUCCUGGCAGUCAGCAAACAGGUUGAUGCUGUUAUAACAGAGGAUUCAGACUUGAUAGCAUUUGGUUGUCCCAGAAUCAUUUACAAAAUGGACAAGUUUGGGCAAGGUGUUGAGUUUAGGAAUUCCAUGCUACAACAGAACAAGGAUUUAAAUUUGACAGGUUUCACUAAGCAGAUGCUUCUUGAGAUGUGCAUUUUGAGUGGGUGUGACUAUUUGCAAUCAUUGCCAGGAAUGGGCCUGAAAAGGGCUCAUGCACUCAUAAAGAAGUUCAAAAGUUAUGACAUG